AUGACGUUACGUCUGCGUCAAUUGCAGGUGAUCCACCGUCAUGGCGACCGCACUCCAUUGGUCAACAUCUUUAAAGGAUGCAGCAUUGCUCGGUACGAGGAGGACGAGGCACUUUUUUGGGAUCUUCAGCUGCCUCCACGGUCGCAACUCGCUCAACUUCGCUCCAAAUUCAGCGUCUACACGAGCGGCGACGCUCAGGUUUCGCUCCAGCAGCGACCAUUCGGGUACUUGACGGCUCAAGGUAUUAAGCAGAUGAGGAAUCGUGGAGAGAUACUGCGAGAAUACUUGAAGGAAGAGCUGCGACUGGAUAAAGUGACAUCUAAGCAGCUGCAAAUCUUCAGUAGCGGUUACACUCGCACUCAAAUUAGUGUGCAGGCACUUCUGGAUGGUAUGCUGAGUGACGAGUUCCAACUGAACCCCCCAUUGAGUGUGCUGCCGCCAAAAGACGACAUUAUCAACACAUACGGAGUUUUUCCGGAGAUCAUGAGAAUAAAGGCAGAAUUAGAAAAGGAUAACGCGGAAUUUGCGGCUCGCGAGCACGAGAUGCUUUCAAUCAAGCAGAAAUUGAUGCGACUGUUUCCAGCCGUAAACUCGGGUCAAAUCCCUUUUACGUGGCUGAUCGCUGCCGACUACUUUGUUUGUCGGCGUGCUCACCAAGCUCCUUUUAUCCCUGGCACUGAAGCGUAUAGUGAUGCCGCCGAAAAACACCUUAGUUAUCGUUUCCACCAGUUUUACUCUCAUCGAACGAUCUUAAAGCUCGUGGCUGGACGACUCAUGCAUAAUGUGCUUCAAGAGAUGCAAAAAGCUAUCUUGGACCACCGUGAAAGCAAGACGAUUAUAAUCUACAGUGGACACGACGUAGCGUUGUUAUCAGUCCUUCGAACAAUGGACGCUGAAAUUGCAAACUGUAUCGAAUAUUGGCCCGACUACUCCACGGCUCUUACUCUUGAGCUCCUCGAAAACGAUAGUGGAAAAUUCUUUAUUCGUGCUAGACUUAAUGGCGAAAUCCUAGCAAUGAACGAAGCUCAAGACGGACUUUGCUCCGUUGAUUGCUUCCAAGACGUGAUCAUAAAUCACAUUGGAGAGUAG